GUUACGCGGACCCAUUCGGUCUAGUCCGUCGUCCAGCACACGUCGUGCACGACAAUUGCAAUAAUAAUAUUAAUAAUUAUCGUCGUCGUCGUCGUCGUCGUCGUCGUUUUUGUCUUCGUCUCCUCCUUCGGCAUCGGUGUCGUCUGUGCGGCGUGCAAACGAUGGUUUUCAAUUUCCCCGCGGUCGUGUGCGCGUUAGUGGCCAUCGUCGUCGGCGGAUGCCGGGCUGGCGAACUCCAGACUUUCACGGUGACCGACGUGGCGUACUUGGAUGUGGAGGUUGCCGGCACCGAGUUGGGUACGAUCGAGAUUGGUCUUUUCGGCGAAAUCGCGCCGAAAACUGUGGCCAACUUUGUCACCAUUCUGACGGAGGGCAUUGAGGGCCGCACUUACGCAGGCACCAAAUUCCAUCGGGUGUACAACAAGUUCGUCAUCCAAGGUGGAGAUAUAUUGAAUAACGAUGGAAGCGGGUCCGUAAGCAUAUACGGCGAAACUUUUCCAGACGAAAAUCUAAAAGUGAACGGCACAAAACCGGGAUUUGUGGGAAUGGCCAAUUCUGGUCCAGACACGAACGGAUGUCAGUUUUUCAUAACGACCAGAUCCACGCCGAGCCUGAAUGGCGAGCACGUAAUGUUUGGCAUCGUGAUCGAAGGACAGGAAGUCAUACACGCCAUCGAACAGCAGCUAACUGACCAUCUGGGCAGGCCCACCAAAGAGAUACGAAUAUCGAGAUGCGGCUUGCUGAACCGACGGCCGCCAUUCGAAGUCACCGACCAUCCCCGCAAUUCGAAUGUUUGGAAAUGGAUAAUUGCGUCUGCUCUGCCGGUUUCGAUGUCCACUGCUAUUUUGUUAUUAUUCCAGUGGAUGAUUGCUCAAAUCAACAAAGCGAUCAUCUAAUGAGGCUUUUCUGCAAUAAUAAACUUAUACCAGUGCACAAUACGCGGCAUAGAUACAUCACGUGGACGCAUACCUACCUAUAUGAUAUAUCAACAAUCUACAUAAUAUUAUACAAUAACAAUCUACUAAAUACUAUUUAUUGUUGCCCAUAAAAGUGGGCAAAAAUCAAACGUUUUCCAUAAUGCAUAAUGUUAUUGUACCUAAUCUGUCGACUGUAGACCUAUUAUACUGAAAACGUUCAAAGAGUAGACAGAAAUAACAAGCAAAUGAUAUUUUUACACAUACCUUAAUAUUAUAUUUUAUAUUUUACCUAAUAAUAAUGUGCAUAACACAUUUUGUAUUUCGUUCAUUUAAAAUUCAAAUAUAUUUCCAUGUAACGCUGUUUUUCUGUAGUUUAUUUUCUUAAUUCCAUAAUAAUGUAUAAUAUAUUAAUAUGUAUACAAUAUAUAAUAUAUAUAUAUUUAUUUACUAGGUAUUUAUAAACUUACAUAGUUAGUACUAAAAAUUCUAGGCAUGUGCUUAAAUCAUACUUAUAUUUAGUUAGCAAUUAGAAUCAUCCUUGGAAAUUAAAUUGAUUUCAUGAGAAUAAUGAUAUACCAGUUCAAAACCCAACAUUUUUUGUGUGAUGGAAUAUAAUAUUCUCACUAGGUGUCUAGGUGCUAGAUAGGCAACAAAAUAAACAUUUAUUUAG